AUUGACACGGCAAAAGGUAAGGGAUGAUGGGUCUGACGAACAUUUUAAAGUUUUGUUAGCUUUGCGGGUGUAAGUCAUUGAACUAUAAAUAAACUGGAAGGCUAACUCAGGGGGGGGGGGGGUGAAGGCAGUGCAUUUUAGAUUUUCUGAGUUAUGAGCAGAAAUACUCAACACUGAACGUUGGGCUAUAUAUCAAAUUGAAGCUAUUGAAAAACGCUAUUUGGUGUAGAAAUUUCAAGACUUUAGCUAAAAGGAAAAUAUUGAAAAACUACAAACAUAAUUACCGAUAAUUUGCCGUUUUGCAGUUGUUUUUGUAUUUUUUAAGUAUUUCUCUUUACGGUGAAGUCUUGAAAUUUCCACACCGAAUAGCAAUUUUCAAUAGCUUCAAUUUGAUAUACAGCCCAACGUUUGGGGUCAAGUAUUUCUGCUCAUAACUCAGAAAAACUAUUUUGGCUUCAUCAAAUCAUAGGCCUUCAUCAUAGCAGUUAGCCUUCCAGUUUAUUUAUAGUUCAAUGGUGUAAGUAUGCAAUCAUACAUUGCUAUUAUGCAAUUUAGAUGAAGAACCCGUUAAUGACACAACGAAACUAUCUCAUCGGGAACUUACUCGGCUGUCUCUAAAGAUUGUCGGGAAAUAUGAAGUAAUUGCGGGAUUGGCUAACCUGGGUAAAGGUGAAGUAGAAAACGUGUAUCGGGAUCACAUUAACUACCCAGAGCCAAAGGACAAGGCCAACCAAAUUUUAACUAUGAUCAGCGCCCAAACCAAUUUCAGCCGUAAAGAACUUGGUGAUUAUUUAAAAGAAGCAGAAUUACGUGACCUGGUGGAUGAUGUAGUGCAGGGAACACUAAGGCGUUGCCCUGACGACACUGGUUCGCCAAAUGAAACUAUACCGAAAGUUAGACGGUAG